UUUCAGAACGGCCAGUCUGUUUGGCUAUGCGUCCUGCUACAUCCGAUACUGCUGUCCUCUGCUGUUCCCACAGGAAACAGGAAAAGGGAACAAUUGAGAUAGAGAAGCUGGAAUCCGCCUUUAACACAAGCUGGGAAUGUUUCAGUCAACCUGCUGAUACUGUUUAAUGGUGCUUUUUAAGUUGUUCUUUUCUCCGGGUCUGUGACAGGCGCACGACCAGAAAGAAAAUCAGAUGUCAAUCUGUGGGAUAACGGCGAAAAAGGGAAAAAGCUUGUGAUGUGAAAGUAGCGAAAAAGUGCACACAACCAGCAAUGGAAUUACUGGGAAUGUUGGUAAUUCACAUUUCCUUUCUGUUAAAUUUAGAUUUAGUCAAGGCAUUGCUGGACAUGACAUUAGUUAACUCCAAUCCUCUGAUCUCCACAUCGGAAACCUCAUUAAUGUGUGUUCUGCAUGGCUCACCUAUGCCUGACCAGGUAUCAAUAGCACGGGAUAUCAGUGCCUACUCAGAUCAGCCAAAGAGUCCUUUGGAACAGAGCAAGACUGAAAAAUACUCUUCGAGUGUUUUGUGGAGUACAGAGAAGAAAGAUGAAGGCAUUGGUGUAUUCUUUUGUGAGGGUAGAGUAAAAGAUGACAUUGCCAAAAUUACUACAAUUAAAAUGUCACAAAGAGCUCAUUUCUUGCCAGAAGUAUUUACCAUAACUGUGAAUAAUGGUGAAAGCACCACCAUUCGAUUCCAACGACACCAACAGACCGAAGCUGAUUUAAUGAUCUAUAAAAAAGAUAUAUUUAUCUCAUCUGUGCCUCAAAAUGAUGUCUCUAAUAUUUGUGAACACCACAUCCAGUCAGUCAACUUGGACAAUGCAGGUGUCUACACUGCAUUUCUGAUUGGACAGAACAUUUCUACUAAAGCCUUUACCCGGCUUAUAGUCAGAAAGUGUCAAAGUGGGAAGUGGGGAGCUGACUGUAUGAAGAAUUGUCCAGUGUGUCUGAAUGGAGGAGUUUGCCAUGAUGAGAUGGGGCACUGCAUCUGCCCACCAGGUUUCAUGGGCAAACAAUGUGAAACAGCAUGUGCUGAGAAUACAUAUGGGCAGAACUGCUUGGGCACAUGUAAAGGAGGAAGCUGCAGGUCAUCCAUUUUUUGCCUGCCAGAUCCAUAUGGCUGCUCCUGUGCAACUGGAUGGAAAGGACUUCAAUGUGAUAAAGCUUGUGACUCUGGAUAUUAUGGGGCGAACUGUCAGCUCAAGUGUGAGUGCGUCAAUGGACAAGUGUGUAAUCGUUUCCGAGGAUGCCUAUGCCUGCACUGCGACAACAGAGGGUUUGGUGUUGUGCCUCCUCAGUUGGUAAAUUCCAGUGCUAACAUUGAAGUUAACACAGGAGUGACUCUGCAUAUAAAUUGUACUGCAACUGGACAUCCUCUACCAGUGCAUGGGAACAUACGGCUUAUCACACCCCAUGGAAAGGAAGUUAAUCUGACAUCCACAAGGACAAUAACACACCCAGUUAAUUACACUAUAAGUACAUUCAGAGUGGCAAAAAUUACCCCAUCGGAUUCUGGAGAAUGGAUCUGUCGUGUUAAAACUUCUGCUGGCAUUGCUAAGAGGCCGUUCAAUGUCUCUGUUAAAGUUCCACCGAGACCACAGACUCCUCCAACUAAAGCAAAGAGUGGCAUUCAAUAUAUUAUUGUUAAUGCUAAUGUUGAGCCACAUAUUGGAGAUGGACCAAUCAUUCAGACCAAGCUCUUGUAUAAACCGACUGGAGCACUUCAGUCAUGGACAACGGUUGAAGUAACCGGUGCAUCAGAUGUGGUGAAAUUGGAUAAUUUACAACCAAUGUGCCAGUAUAAUGUAUGCGUGCAACUGAGCCGCCCAGGAGACAGAGGAGAGGGACACCCUGGCCCAGUGGCAAGUUUCUGGACUGAAUGCUCAAAUCAUCCUGCUCCAAUGGACUUCAAAAUUUUGCCCAAAAGUCAAACGUCUCUGAGGCUGACAUGGCAGCAGAUCCCUGCAAUUCUCGAGGAAAGUAUCUACCACAUUGAGUGUCACAGUACCAAUGACAGUAUGGGUCAGCCUACCAUCCUGGAGGUCCCCGGUAACCUCUCCAGCCUGGAUAUUGAAGGUCUGCAACCCAAGCAGCAGUACCAGUGUCGCGUUUGGGCACAGAGCAAAAUAUUCGGGGAAUGGUGUGAUAUGAUGACCACGUGGACAUACAGCAAUAAACGACCUCCUGCUCCUACCAACAUCAAAAUUUUUAACAUCUCCGAUUCCUCGGCUUUCAUAUCCUGGGCAAUUGAAGAUGGCAACUCAAUAUCUUCUGUUAUCAUACGUUACAAAAUCUACGGGGCAGAUGACUACACUCAGGAGACAGAAAUCAAAAUAAAAGAAAACAUUUCACAGUUCCAAUUGCGAGGUCUGGAGCCAAAUUCACCUUACCUGGUGGAACUCUGUGCGAAGAACAACAUUGGGGAGAGUGAACCCAAUCUAACAAUGGAACUGCACACGCUACAAAAGUCUACAGCUUACACUGAGCAGAAGACUGGACACCUACUGCUCUAUGCUAUCCUGGGAUCAGCAGGAAUGACCUGCCUGACCAUUCUACUGGCCUUCUGUAUUGUGAUUCACUUCAAACAGAAUAACUUCCAACGGAGAAUAGUUCAAGCUUUUCAAAACAGCACGCGAGAAGAGCCAAUUAUUCAGUUUAAUUCAGGGACCCUCACACUCUCCAGGAAAACAAAGCCUCAGAUGCGAAUGCCAGUUGUCUAUCCUGUCCUUCAGUGGGAUGACAUCAAAUUUGAAGACAUUAUUGGUGAGGGGAAUUUUGGACAGGUCUUGAAAGCUCGAAUUAAGAAAAAUGGGCACAAGAUGAAUGCUGCUAUUAAACGAAUGAAAGAAUAUGCCUCCAAAGAUGAUCAUCGGGAUUUUGCGGGUGAAUUGGAGGUUCUCUGCAGACUUGGACAUCAUCCCAACAUCAUCAACCUGCUUGGAGCCUGCGAACACCGGGGAUACCUGUAUGUCGCCAUUGAAUUUGCACCACAUGGAAACCUGCUGGAUUUUCUUCGAAACAGCAGAGUGCUGGAGACAGACCCGGCCUAUGCUAUUGCACACAGCACUGCCUCCACCCUGUCCUCCCAGCAGCUCUUGCAGUUUGCUGCCGAUGUCAGCAAAGGCAUGGACUAUCUCAGCCAGAAGCAGUUUAUUCACAGGGAUCUGGCAGCUCGAAAUGUUCUGGUGGGAGAAGGCUACGUUGCAAAGAUUGCUGACUUUGGAUUGUCCAGAGGGAAGGAAGUUUACGUAAAAAAGACAAUGGGAAGACUACCAGUCCGAUGGAUGGCCAUUGAAUCUUUAAAUUACAGUGUUUACACAACCAAUAGUGAUGUAUGGUCAUAUGGAAUUCUUUUAUGGGAGAUUGUUAACCUGGGUGGCACUCCCUACUGUGGAAUGACCUGUGCUGAACUCUACGAGAAAUUGCCCCUUGGGUACCGGAUGGAGAAACCACCCAACUGUGUUGAUGAAGUGUAUGAAUUGAUGAGACAGUGUUGGCGGGAGAAACCGUAUGAGAGGCCGACAUUUGCUCAGAUACUUGUAUCGUUGAACAGGAUGCUUGAGGAGAGGAAGACCUACGUGAACACAACUCUCUUCGAGAAGUUCACCUACGCAGGCAUCGACUGCUCCGCUGAAGAAGCUGGAUAAACAGUUUGUGAGGAAAAGUAUCAUGGAGAUUAUGCUAAAUUGCAUUUAAUUAAGAAUUGUAAAAUGCAUAACUAUUACUUACACCACACCAUACUAUAUUUCUGAUGUGGAAGCAAUUGAAAGCAAGUGCUUGGUUUAGGUUUCACUAAUUGUAUGUUCAUAAGUCAUGUUACCAGCUCACUAGUUUCAAGAAUUGGUUAAAAGCCACACUUCCUCUAGAGUUUCCAUUGCAGUUUCUGAGGAUGUACAGAAUAAGUGAUUUGUCUAGGCACCUUUCAACAGCCACAUUAAUAGGCGAUUACCAAUAAUCAAGAGUGCUUCAACUUUCAUACUGGAGAAGAUAAUGACAGUUUCCACCUAAACAGAAAUAGGCCAUUCAUAACUCCACACACCGUCUUUGAAUUGGUAAACAAAACAUGCACUCAUCUGAAAUCAUCCUCAAUUAGUGGAGAAGUUUAAACAGUGAAUGAGGGUAACUUAAGUAACUUAAGUGUGCAAGAUGUUUCACAUCAUCACAUCAUUAAAGUGCAAGGGGGGAAAAAAAUCAGCAAGACAGAAACUGAAGAUUAAAAUGGAUUUUAAAAGCUUCUACAACCUCAGAACAUUCCAAAUACUGUACAACCAAUGUAAUAAACUUUCCGAAGUGAAAUCAGUGUUGUAGCAACAGUGUAAUAAUAGACAAUCUAUCUUUCAUUAUAAUUGAAGUGAUUAAUUGGCUAGGCAUUGGGGAGAAUUCUUGCUCUUUAGUGAAAAACUGUGAUUGGAUCUUUUACACCAUGUGAGAACAUUGUUUAAUGUGUUAUUUGAAGAACAAUGCAAUAUAAUCGUACAUGUUCAACAGGAGAACCCAAGUGAAGUCGUUUACUCAUUAAGUUUAAUCUUUCUCUUUGUGGUCGAGAUGGCAGAUCAGUAGCAGGUAGAUUCAAACCUGAAAUGUUUGAUUCUACCUUCUACCUUUUGAGAAAUGUUGCUGUAAUUGGCAAUUAGUUCUUAGGCAUCUUAAUUAUUGGAAAGCAGAAUGACUUGCCAAGGUCAUAAUUUUAAUUACAGUGGCAAAGUUUUGUCUCAGUAUACAAUCCAAGGCUAAUUUCUCAAAUAAUAUUUAGAAUUGUUAGGGAUAUUGUUUCUUAUUAUUUGCAUGGUGAGCAUGUGCAAAGCCGAGACCUGGCAUUUACACUAGAAUGGGGGAUGUGCCUCAAGGACGGCAUUAAAAUAGGAGCCAAAGGCUUAAUUGCCAUUUGAUAUUUUUGAAUCUCUGAUUUCAAACUCAUUUAAUUUUUAAAUGGAUCAAAAAUCCCUCCUUUUCAAUUGCCAAGAACAUGCAUAAAAAUAUCUCCACUCUUUUGACAUGCCUGGGUCAGGACAACAGUAACUAUUUGACUCUUGUUACAGCAAGACAGCACAGCAGUUAGUGCUGCUGCCUCACAACUCCACUGAACCUGGUUCAAUUCUGCUGUGUAGAGUUUAUGCAACCAAGUGGGUUUCUCUGGUGCUCCAGUCUCUUCACCGUGCCAUAGAUGUGCUGGUCGGCUCCUACUGUAAAUUGCCCCUGGUGGGUAAGUGGGUGGAAGGAAAAUUAUGGGAUGUAAGAAGACAAAGUGUCAACGGAUGAUUGACGGUUGACACAGUAAGCUUUAAGGACUACUUACAGACUGUGUGAAUCUGCGUUAUUAAUGAUAGCAUUGCACAUAUACUCAGAAGCAUUAUUUUAAUCUGCUUUUUUGAUUAUUGCAUCAAUAUUUGUGUUUCUGACUUUUUGCACAUAAGCAUUAUUUCCUACCUACCUGCAAUGUUACAUACUGCCCCUACCUAUAUCUAAACUAACAUGCUCUUCUCUACUUUUGUGAAUCAGUUUGCAGUGAUCUCUUUGUUAAUCAUGGUACCAGCAUUUUUACAACAUGGCAAUGUUUUGAGCAGUCUUCUUUGAGAACAAUCAAAUUCUGAAUAUUAGUACAAAAUAAAUAUUUCUCCAUUU